UCAGACUGUGAGUUGGUGGCCCUAUUAGAGGAUGACACUGGGAUGGAGUUGUUGGUGAAUAAGAAGAUAAUCAGCCUAGACCUACCUGUAAAAGAUGUCUACAAGAAAAUAUGGGCACCAGAACAUGGAGAGGGUGAGCCAAUGCAGAUUAUCUACCGUAUGCGAGGAUUGUUAGGCGACGCAACAGAAGACAUGGUUAACUCCCUUGAAUCCAACACACAAGAGGAUAUAGAUAAAGAAGAAGUAUACAGGAUGGCGAACGUACUGGCAUCUUGUGGUGGUCUCAACGUUAUGUUAGAUAGGUUGGAAUCCAUCAAGGACCUUGUGCUUGGCAAGCCACUAAUGCUUGUGUUACUGAAACUUUUCUCCUUUGCUGUCAACGUGAAAGCUAAUCGUCAGGAGUUGAUCAAACCAGAGUUAAACACCAUCACUGUGAUGCUUGGUGCGCUCAACCUAGCAUUGUGGGCGGAGCAAGAGAGUGGCUCCACGGCAACAAAAGGGCAGACUAUAACUGAACAGAUUUUACAGAUUAUGGAAACCAUUUUAUUAGAAGCCAGUUCACAGUCAACAGAUAAAUAUACUGAGUUUUCGAAACUAUGCGGGGACAAGGCCCAGCUGAUGAUGUUACUGGAACGAAUAAACUCAGCGUUCGUACGAUCUAACACAAGUGUCCUUCAAGCUCUGAUGAGACUGAUACCAUUCCUGGCUUUCGGAGAGGAAGACAAAAUGUUAACUUUAAUCAACCAUUUUAAACCUUACCUAGACUUUAACAAGUUUGAUGCUGAGCACACUCAUGAUGAAAAAGUACAUUUGGAUUGCUUCUGUAAUAUUGCUGCCGGUAUCCAGAACAAUGACAAUGGUGUAAAGCUAAAGGAUAUGAUCGUAGAACAAGGACUGGUGAAAAUGGCGUUAGAUUACAUACUAGCACAUGCCCCAGAAGUCAAAACUCUUUUAGCUACUGACUCUGAUAUAUGGAAAGAUUUUCUCACAAAGCCAUCACUCAGUUAUAUAUUGAGACUGAUGACGGGAAUAUGUGACGGUCAUGAACCUACACAGUUGGAGUUGGGCAAUCACCUGAUACCAAUUCUACACAAGUUAGAACAGGUCUCUUCUGACAAGCAUAUUGGGACACUGGCGGAAAACUUCAUGGAAGCUUUAAGAAAAAAUCCUACAGUGGCUGCCAAAAUUGAAGAGGUACGUCAACAAACUAAAACAGAGAAGAAGAGACUUGCCAUGGCAGUGAGGAAGAAACAUCUAGGUGCCCUUGGUAUGACUACAAAUGCCAAAGGUCAGGUUACAGUCAAGGCCUCCGUGUUGAAACAGAUUGAAGAUAUAAAAGAAGAGACAGGACUAACUUGUUGUAUAUGUAGAGAAGGGUAUAGAUACCAGCCACAAAAGGUCUUAGCGAUUUAUACAUUUACCAAAAGAGCCAAUCUGGAUGACUUUGAGAAUAAACAACGUAAAACUUUAGGUUACUCGACCGUGUCUCACUUCAACGUUAUACAUGUAGACUGUCACACGGCAGCCGUCAGACAUGCUCGUGGUAGAGAAGAGUGGGAGAGUGCAGCUUUACAGAAUGCCAACACCAAGUGUAACGGUUUGUUACCACUGUGGGGUCCCCAAGUACAGGAGUCCGCUUUCGCUACUUGUCUCGCAAGGCACAAUACUUAUCUACAAGAAUGUACAGGUGUUAGGGAUCCUAGUUACCCGUUCAACAUACAUGACCUAAAAUCAUUGUUACUGAAGUUUGCCGAGGAGAAAACAUUUAGUGAUGAUAGUGGUGGUGGCGGACGUCAGAGUAACAUGCAUCUAAUACCCUACAUCAUGCAUAUGUCACUUUAUGUCAUUAACACGACAAGAUCUGGCAGUAGAGAGGAUAAAAAUUUGAACAAUUUCCUCGAGUCUGCAAGAGACAAGUGGCUUGAAAACUGUUUUGAGACCGAGAGCCCAAUGUACUGGUGUGUAGUGGCCACUCACCUUUAUUCACCAGAAAAAUGGAAAUCCAUACGUGUCAAGUUCCUGGAACGUCUUGUGGUCGUAGCCCAUGUCAGGAGUACUGUCACCAUUGGGAGCAAAGCGUUGACAGAUAAAACCAUGAAAGAGUAUUCUGUUUACAAACCCUACCUGAUCUUCUUUGGCUUGAUUGAUGGUUUAUACCAGUAUAUCUUCAAGAAGGUGACAAUUAAAGAUGAUGACUGGACAAGAAGUUUAGCAGAUUACAUUCGUAACAAUGACAAGGUCAUGAUCGAGUCAUGUGAUAAACUCCUGGCAGCAUACCAGGAUGAGAUGUUACCUUGCGAGUCUAUUGCCGAGUUUGCAGACGUCAUGGAACUUCUUGAAGAUAUUCCUGAUCAAGAUAAAUUUGUGACCGAGCUUCUACAGUCCUUACCAUAAAAUGUUCACCGGAUAGUGCUUAACAAAAGUUUCGCACCACACUUUGGACAUCAGUGUUUCUUUUGAGCUUUGAACUUUAUUUUUCAAGUGGAAUACAAAAUGUAUUUAACAGUUAACUAGUGACAUUUUAUGUUUUUGUGACUUUUAGAGUUAAAUUAGGAUAUUUUUCCUAUUUCCUUUUACUUAACCAUAUUUGAAUUUCAGUGUUUCAAUAACAAUUUGAACAUUAUAGUGUUAUUAUGAUAUCUUUGAAAAUUUACUAACUUGGUUGAACUGUGCAUUAAUUGUUUUACAAGCUUUACUCAUACGUUUUAAGUCUUAUUGGAUUUUCAUGGCUUCAAUAUAUGUAGUUUUAUCAAUCAAUUUUUUGGUGAUAUUGAAAUCUCUGUAAUAGCCAAUGAAAUUUAGAAAUUUUAAAAUCAUAUUUAAGGAAAAAAUGUAGGCUAAAAUUCUUAUAUUUUUGUUGUUACCAUUUAAUGGAUAUUUACAUAUUUUUUUCUGGCUACUUUUUUAAAUAAUUCUUGGUUUAACAGUAUGGUAUAUGUUGAAACUCUGACACUUACAUUUCCAUGUAUUUGGGAAUUAGUCACCAGGAUUUUGCUUGCAUCUGUGAAAUGGUUAUUAAACAAACUUUUAUUGUCACAAUUCAGAUCCCUUGCUUUUUAGUAGCUGAAUAUAGGUAAAAAAAACUUUUAUUUAUUAAAGCAGCAUACCUCCAAAUUCUAGUGCUAAAUUU